AUGGCUCUCCCUGCAGAGCUCGCAGCAUGCUCGGCGAUACUGAGGAUAUGCACGCGAUGCCGCACCUCGCCAUUGUUGGGCAGCCAGAGCAUACGAGCCAAUGGCUUUCUUCUAUCACGGCAGCAGCAGCAGCAGCAGCGGUCGCUCCACCAGCCACGCAUCGCCAACUCUCCUCGCUCCGUGAAGAUCUCGGUCCCCCGACGGUUGUCAUCUGGUGUUGCGCAGCCGAGCUUCAGCCCGGCCGGCGUGGCUGCUGCAAACCUGCCAGGGACCGCUAAGCCCGUCCUGCAACCCGACGACCUCUUUCACUCCUUCACGAACUCGCCCAUCCCCGAAAUCCGCCGCCGAGCUGCCUAUAUCAGACAGCACGGAAGCUGCCCCCAUCCCGAUCACCAGCCAGGAACGGGGGGUCAGAAGCCGGCCCAUGUCAAUUUCGAGUGCCCGGACUGCGGCAUCCCGGUUUACUGCAGCAAGGAGCACUGGGCCGACGACUACGAGGCACACCUCGAGAUAUGCGACACGCUGCGGCAGAUCAACGAGGACGACCAUGACCUCCGGUCCGGCCGCUAUUUCCCCGAGUUUGAGUAUGCCGGCCCUCAGAUGGAGGAGGCCCUGGUCAACAUGACAAACUGGGACACGUUCCUGUACACGCGGAACUUCCAGGCCAUCAACCACGACCGGAGCAUGAGGCAAGCCACUAGGCUGCUCACAUUCCCGGUCACGGUAGCGAGCGUUCUGCACGAAUUGAGCCCGUAUAGCUACAAGUCGGAUGGCAGAAUAACUGUCGAGGGUCUCAAGAGUUUCGGCGCACUGCGAUACACGCUGCAUCCCACCAAGUCGGGUGGCGGUACUGAUAUCAAGGGGCUCCGACCCGAGGCGCCUCCGGUGCGGCUGUUCAUACUCGGGGCGCGGGCCGAGUCGUCGCUUCCCCGCGACGUAUGGAUCCAGCUGGCGCAUCUUUUUCCCUUGUCCCGAUUUCAUCUCAUAUUCAUCGGCCCCGAGAGCAUGGCCAACCGGGACGACGAGUUCCCGCUCCCGCCGCGCACUCCCUCGAACCGGUUCGGAGCCGUUGUCGAGGACCGGGUGUGGCCGUCCAUGAAGAUCAGCACGAUCGUCGACUAUUACCACAAUAUCCACAAGACGGGCGAAUUCUACCCGUACGACCCGUACUUUGACUGUUUCGUCCUCUUCCACCCGGGGCUGGGCCAUCCUUCCAGCUCGCACGAGUGGGAGGAGACGAUCCCUAUGCUCCUCGAGACCAAGGCCCCUGUGAUUGUCACUGGUUACACCCAAGCUGACAUGGAUCGUGAUGUUGAAUGGGUCAACCGGACGUCAGCCGGAGAGUUCGACAUACUAAUGGAACCAGGUGAAAACACUUUCCGGAGUCUUCGGUGGGAUCUGAACGACCUCGACUCCCAAGACAUCAGUGCUGGCAAUUGGGGAGUGUGGGCCUUCCGCGGGAAACGGUACGAGACGACUCGCAAGUCGUCGUGA